UACAUCUAGAUAUACAGCACGUGUACAGAAAAAUCUCAGUGCAGAGUAAAAAGGUACGAGUCAGACUUCGAAUUUUGGACAUAUUACUUGCUCAACCAUGGCCUUGAGAUACCUGUGAAUAUUAGAGCAUGAAGAAUCUACCUCCAUCUCAUUACCAAUCAUUCUAGUAGCAGUAACAUAAUAAAGAUGACAAGAAUUGAAAGGUUUACAACUCCACCUUCAUUUGAAGAAGUUGAUUUGUCUGAAGGUGAAUGCCCGUUAGAUUUGAAAGAUGUGAGCAAGUCAAGAAAGGAGCUCUGGCUUAUCAGAGCACCCCUUGGUUUUGAUGGCUCCUCUCUCAAUGGUGUAACAUUGGAUCUAGAUGGAAACUCGGUUGAAUUUUCUUGUGAGGAAGGAGCUGGCAAAAAGUAUGAAGCUAUGUCUGUAAGGCAGCUGAAAGAAAAUGAGGGUCAAUCUCCAUAUCUGCUGUUACCAUCUCAGGAAGAAAGGAACCUUGAACCAGGUCCUGCUUUCAAAGGCCAGGUUGUGAUAAUGGAAUCACUGAGCUUACCUCCUUCUUCAAGCCAAAGCCUUCCUGAAAUGAAACAAUCAGAAGCUCCUAAGAUGCCAGAGGGGUUGAGGCAGAGGUUCAAGCCGUUUGGAUGUGAGAAACCAUGGCAAGGUGAGGAUAAACCUUCCCCUUCUUCUCAACCAAAGAAAUCAUCCUCAUCAAGGAUGAAACGGAAGAUCAAAGAAGAAAAUACCCCGAAUGAUGAAGUCCUGGACCAUGUAACCAGGGUUACUGGGCUGGAGACAGUGGAUGGGAGGAUAGUAGACGAAGAGGGAGAACCAGAACCAGAGAGUAAGAAAAAGAUGAAGAAAGCAAAGAGGAAACAUAUAAAAGAAGAGGUUGCAGAAGAGGAAUCCAGACCUGAACACACGGAUGAUGUCAUUGAUGAAGGCGGGUCAAGUCCAAGGAGAAAGAAGAAGAAAAAGAAGAGCAAAGACAAAUAAAUAGUACUCUUGUGCAGGGUCAUAUUAAGGAUAUGUGACGCUGUUUGUGUAUUUCCUUUCUUUUUCUUGAAUUACUUUAUAGAGCAGAUGUAUGCCCACUCUUAUACCUUGGCCUCAUAAUUGCGCCAGGAGUGUCAAUUUUGGCAGACAUGACACAUUUAAUACCUGUGUUCACUAUUAUUGUUAUUAUUAUACCAUAGUUAAGUUUCCUGUAUAGACUUGUAUGGAAAAGGACAGAAAAGCUUAUGAAUAUUUAUAUAAUAUUGGAUUGCCUUAAGUGUGAUACAAGAAUAUAUGGCUCGAGCUAUGACAAUAUUGGACCAGUCGAAGAUGAGUCUAAUAUUGUCAUAGCGAGAGCAAUAUAUUCUUGUAUCACACGAAAACAAAGCCAUACAAUAUUAUCAUUAUUAUCUAUAGUAGUCUGACUAGCGAAAUAACAAAAUUUGACUUACCUCAGUAAAUAUGGCUUUGUUUUUGUGUGAUAUCGCUAACUGAGCAAUACGAAAACGAUAUUGGUUAGUCAUCCAGGUACUGCGCUAAAGAUAUUGAAUACACUAAUCUGUUGUACCACUUGGAAGCCUCAUAUAGAUAAUAAAGUAUAAUAUUAAAGAUAAAUGAAAGUAGGCGUGUUAUAUGUUAAUAUACAUUUCAAAUAAGUUGAAAUGUAUCUUGGACCAUAAGGCAAAAAUUGUGAUUUGGUAUGACAUACUUUGUACCAUACAUACCACAAGACUGAAAAAUCUCUGACAAGCCAAGAUUUGUUUUAAUAAAAAGAAUAAUACCCGUCGUACCGUACCACAAGUUUGCAAAAGUAUAUGGCCAGCCCCCCCCCCCCCCACACACACAAUUGAACGUCAAUGAAAAGAUAACACUCCUUGUGCAGUUUGAUUAUGUCCUGCAUUUUCCGAUUCCGAUUGCACAUGUCUUCCAAUAAUUAUGUCUCAUUAAAAUCAACUAUUUUAAUUAAACAGUA